AUGGCCACGGCGUACGCACACGCGCCCAGCGCCAACGGGGCCGACGCCAACCUGCCCGAGUCGCGCGUCCUGAUCAUCAUGACGGGCGGCACCAUCUGCAUGCAGCCGUCCAAGGACGGGCUGGUGCCCAUGACGGGCUUCCUCGAGAACGCCAUGGCGCCCCGGCCGACCUUCAACGACGGCUCGCCGCCGGUGCAGAUGCACGCCUACAAGGGCGGCGAGAAGCUGAGCCUCGACAGCCUGAGGACCCCGCCCAGCUCGUACUCACGCCACGUCCGCUACGGCAUCCUCGAGUUCUCCCCGCUGCUCGACUCCAGCUCCAUCUCGUCCGUCGGCUGGACCGAGGUCGCCCUGACCGUCAAGGAGAACUAUCACCUGUUUGAUGGCUUUGUGGUUCUCCACGGCACGGACUCGCUGGCUUAUACGGCAUCAGCACUGUCUUUCAUGAUGACAGAUCUGGGGAAGCCAAUUAUCCUCACAGGCUCCCAAGCGUCAAUUUUUGCCCUCCAGUCCGACGCGGUGGACAACCUGCUGGGCUCCCUGAUCAUCGCAGGGACCUUUGUGAUCCCGGAGGUCUGCCUGUUCUUCUCACACACCCUCUUCCGGGGAAACAGGACGACCAAGGUGUCCGCAUCGGCGUUCGAGGCCUUCGACAGCCCCAACUGCGAGCCCCUGGCCAAGGUGACCAGCCUGGGCGUCGACGUCAAAUGGUCGCUGGUGAGGCGUCCCACCAGGAUAGCCGAGUUCCAGGUGACCAAGUACAUCGACACGGCCCACGUGGCCUGCCUGCGCAUCUUCCCGGGAAUCAAGCCCGAGAUGGUGGACUCUGUCCUGCGUGUGCCUAACCUCAAGGGCCUGAUCCUCGAGACGUUCGGUAUGGGUAACGCCCCCGGCGGCGUGGACGGCAGCUUGACCAAGGUCAUCAAGGAGGCCGUCGAGAGGAAGAUCGUGGUUGUGAAUGUGAGCCAGUGCACCAACGGCUUCGUGUCGCCGCUUUACGCCCCGGGCUUCGCGCUGGGGCGUCUUGGUGUGGUCUUUGGCUACGACCUGACAACCGAGGCCGCCCUGACAAAGCUCUCGUACCUUUUGGCCGUUGAGAACCUCUCUUACACGGACAUUACCACGCAGAUGGCCCAUUCCAUCCGCGGUGAAAUGACCGAGAUGUCAACACCCAGCUUCUCGCACCCGUCGGGAACCCUGGACGCGCUCGUGGGAAGCCUCACGGCUGCCGAGUCGGCGUUUACCGCACUGGGCUAUGCAAUCCAGAGAGGCGACCUGCGGAACGUCCGCGAGGCUCUCGAUGGGGGUGAGGCUAACUACCAGCUGCUAAAGAUGGCGGACUAUGCCGGAAACACAGCCCUCCACCUUGCGGCUAUGAGCGCAAACGUGGACAUUUUACGGGAGCUGCUCACCCGCGGGGCCAGCGUGCACACGAGGAACUCGGCGAACAACACGCCGCUCUUCCUGGCCAGGCGGACGGCCCACAGGGAGUGCGUGGAGCUGCUCGAGGGCGCCGGAGGACACCUCUGGGUGGACGAGAGGGCCCGCAGCGGGGCCUCCACGCCGAAAUCUGCGGACUUCCCCCUGAGCCGGCCAAUGUCUCCGGGGAUGUGA